ACGUCGGGAGGCGGGAGCGGUGCACGCAGCUGUUCGGGCCAAUCGUUUUGCAGCGCGCGGGGCUACGGGAGUGAAGCCAGGGCUGCGGGGGCGUCGGAACGCGGGAGUUGUCGCGGCGGAACCAUGGUGGGCCACCUGAGCGAGGGGGCCAUUGCGGCCAUAAUGCAACAGGGAGAUACAUCCAUAAAACCCAUCCUCCAAGUCAUUAACAUCCGUCCCAUUACUACAGGGAAUAGUCCACCACGUUAUCGACUGCUUAUGAGUGAUGGAUUGAAUACUCUAUCCUCUUUCAUGUUGGCAACACAGUUGAACCAUCUUGUUGAAGAAGAACAAUUGUCUAGCAACUGUAUUUGCCAGAUUAACCGAUUUAUUGUAAACACUCUGAAAGAUGGAAGGAGAGUGGUUAUUUUGAUGGAGUUAGAAGUUUUGAAAUCAGCUGAAGCAGUUGGAGUAAAGAUUGGCAAUCCAGCGCCCUAUAACGAAGGACACGGACAGCAGCCAGUAGUCCCUUCUCCAGUCUCAGCGGCCCUUGCAUCAACCAGCAGGCCCCAGCAACAGAAUGGGAGCCCAGGAGUGGGUUCCACUGUACCUAAGGCUUAUGGUGCCUCAAAGAUAUUUGGAAAAGCUGGAGGUACCAGCAUAGUGAACAGCUCCGGGGGGACACAGUCCAAAGUGGUACCCAUUGCCAGCCUCACCCCUUACCAGUCCAAGUGGACUAUCUGUGCUCGUGUUACCAAUAAAAGUCAGAUCCGUACGUGGAGCAAUUCCCGGGGGGAAGGGAAACUUUUCUCCAUAGAACUCGUUGAUGAAAGUGGCGAAAUCAGAGCGACAGCUUUCAAUGAGCAAGCGGACAAGUUCUUCCCCCUGAUUGACGUUAACAAGGUCUAUUACUUCUCUAAAGGCACCCUGAAGAUUGCCAACAAACAGUUCACAUCUGUCAAAAACGACUAUGAGAUGACCUUCAAUAAUGAGACUUCUGUCAUGCCCUGUGAAGACGGUCAUCACUUACCUACAGUUCAGUUUGAUUUCACAGGGAUCAGUGACCUAGAAAGCAAGUCUAAAGACUCACUUGUAGACAUAAUUGGGAUCUGCAAGAGCUUCGAUGAUGUCACUAAAAUCACAGUGAAGUCUAACAACAGAGAAGUUUCUAAGAGAAAUAUCUAUUUGAUGGACAUGUCUGGGAAAGUGGUGAACGCUACUCUGUGGGGAGAAGAUGCUGAUAGAUUUGAUGGUUCUCGACAACCCGUGAUGGCUAUCAAAGGAGCCAGAGUUUCUGAUUUUGGUGGACGGAGCCUCUCUGUACUGUCAUCAAGUACGGUCAUUAUGAAUCCUGACAUCCCAGAGGCCUAUAAGCUUCGUGGAUGGUUUGACUCAGAGGGACAAGCCCUAGAUGGCGUUUCCAUCUCUGAUCUAAAGAGUGGAGGAAUGGGAGGAAGCAACACCAACUGGAGAACUUUAUAUGAGGUUAAAUCCGAGAACCUGGGCCAAGGCGACAAGCCCGACUAUUUUAGCUCUGUGGCCACAGUGGUGUAUCUUCGCAAGGAGAACUGUAUGUACCAGGCCUGCCCCACUCAGGACUGCAAUAAGAAAGUGAUUGAUCAGCAGAAUGGCUUGUACCGCUGCGAGAAGUGUGACCGUGAAUUCCCCAAUUUCAAGUACCGCAUGAUCCUGUCGGUAAAUAUUGCCGAUUUUCAGGAGAAUCAGUGGGUCACAUGUUUCCAGGAGUCUGCGGAGGCCAUCCUUGGACAAAGCACUGCUUAUCUUGGAGAGUUAAAAGAGAAGAACGAGCAAGCGUUUGAGGAAGUUUUCCAGAAUGCCAACUUUCGGUCUUUUACAUUCAGGAUCAGGGUCAAGCUGGAGACCUACAAUGAUGAGUCCCGAAUUAAGGCCACCGUGAUGGACGUGAAGCCCGUGGACUACAGAGAAUACGGCAGAAGGCUGAUUGCGAACAUCAGGAGAAACGCGGCUAUGUGAGGCGAGCCGGCCGAUGGGGCGGAAGCUUGAAGAUAAAGAGCUGAAGUGAAUCCAUUUCUGCCCCUGCCCUGUGGGGCAACUUCACGUUAGCCACAAGGCGCCCAGAGCCUUGUUUGUGGUGUACCGAGCCGUUGCCUCUCCGGUGCGCAUCUUGGAACCCCCAGCAGCAAAGGGAGACAAGCUCGGGUGGCUGUGGUGCAAACUGUCAGACCUUGGGGUCAGCUGGCGGGUAGAGUAGUACCAGGCUUUCCCUCUGUCCAGGCUUUUGUCCGUUUUAUUAAGAUUUCAUUAUCUUCAACCAGGAAUUAUGUCACGAGUAAUUGACCCUAAAUCUGCAGAGAGUGGAAUAAAUAAUGUAAGUAGGGUUUCCGCUUCUCCAGUGGUGACACCUUCACAACUUGGGUCCCUUCUCGGUUGUGCGGAAGAACCUGGCGUUUUAGUGAGCGGGUCUUCCUGGAAUUCAAAGCUCCCUUUGUAGAGGUGCCUCGUAGUUGUUAAUGCUUGGAAUGGCAAUAGGGUAGAAUUAUUAAUCAAAGUCAUAUCUUUUAUAUCUGAAGAAUAUCCUUCCUUUAGGGUUUAAUAGACUGAGUCAGAUGGGUCUGAUAUUAAUCAAAAUUGUCUCUUCUGAGGAAGGCUGAUAAGCAUUGACUUCCCAUCCCCUAGGGACAUCCAGGCAACUACAAAGCAUUGCUUUAGUUUUCCCUUCAAUUAAUGUUGCAGUUUGGUUAGUGAAUGCACGUCUUUUCUACCUGUACAUAUUUCUUGUAUUUGUAUGUUUCUUUUCUUGAUUAAAGCUAUGUUAAAUAGAAGAGAUUUUGAAGGGAGAAACCCUUUGUUUCCCUUGCUUUGUUUAAUAAACAGUCUAUCCUCUG